CAAUAAACAAUGGCGGCGGUUAAGUUUAGAUGUCAUGAAUAGCACAAAGGCUCUGUUCUUGUUAAGUUUUGUUUUUAUUUGCAGCCGCGAAUCAAAGCACAUUAUGUAGCAAUUAAUUUAAAUUCGUCAUGUGAAGAACUUUUGAGUGUCGCUCUUAUGCACUCAAUCGUCUUGACAGAAAACCAUGGGCUGUGUGCACAGCAAAAGAGACAUAAAUGACAUCCAUUCGAACCGAUUCGAAGUAACAAAUGUAGACGAGAUGGGCCACUUGGUUAGUCCUGGUCAGCUGGAAUUGACUGAGACAGAAUUAAUAUUAUACCAAAGAGGAAAAUCUGCGACCCACUGGCCUUUGCGCUCAUUACGCAAAUAUGGUUUCGAUUCGGAAAUUUUCAGCUUUGAAUGCGGGCGUCGAUGUCCAACCGGUGCCGGAAUAUAUGCAUUCCGAUGCCGUAAAGCAGAACAGUUAUUCAAUCUUCUUCAGCAAAACAUUCAGCUGAGGAACAUAAACGACGAAAACAACCCCCAACCUGUGAGUAUGUAUACAAACUCGGAUUUUCCGACACCGGUUGCUACCACGGGUCCACCUGUUACCACACGACGAAUGUCAUCGGUACAACCCCAAGCUGAAGGGUACUUGAAUCCCACACCAGCACCUGUAACAAUACGGUCUCGACCAACGUUAAGCAGACCUGGUUCUAUAACGAGCAAUGGCCCUGUCAGUCCCGUUAGCCCUUCUGCUAUUUCACCGCCGCCAAACGUAAAUUGUGAUAAUUUUCUGGAACACAACAACAACAAACAACAGCACAACAAUACUCUUGUCAGUGUUAGAGAGCGAAAGCAUUCAUAUACCCAGCCUUCAUAUAUAAACCUAAACACUACAACUCCACCGCCAGUUACCGAACAUUAUGCCAAUCUGUGCGAGCAACCGUCGCAUCUCUACGUAAAUAUAACUACCAAUGAAGGCUCUUCGAUCUCUUCCUGCACUGACAACAUAUGUAACAUCCAAACCAAAGAUUUAAUACCAAAUAAUAGUUGCACAACAGCAACAGCAACCACAGACUCGACUGAAAUAUGUAAUAGUAAUAGUUUGUGUGUUCAGACUGUAUCAGAGCCUCUUGAUGAGCCUAUGCACUGCUACGCGAACAUUGACGCCGCCGAAUUGGGAAAUCUUCGAGCGUCGAAUGUGAUCACAGAAGCCAUUCCUUCGUCAGGGAGCGCGCCCCAAACUCCCACAUACGUUACAGUUCAAGAAGUGAAUUAUGCCGAACUGGACCUAGUGCCAAGCAGAAACGACGCUCCCUCGCCGGAAAGUCCGAACGAUAAAGUUAGGAAAAGUUAUGUUACCAUUGAUUUUAAGAAGACAACCGCUCUCUCGCAGUCAGUAAACCCCAGUAUAGAAGUGGAGGAAGGGGUGCGUAAGACCAGGCACAAUUCGAAUAUAAGCGAUGUGACCACGAGACACAGUAAUUCACUCAGUGACUGAGAUGCUAACAAUUUAAUGGUAAGAAAAGAAAUACUUCGUUUGAUGUCUCAUUGCAUUUAAUUUCAUUACAAAAAAAGUUUUUUCUUUAUAUCAAAUUUAUAAAAAAGGCAGAAAAUGAGAAGGGUCAACAAGGGAUUUUUUAGGCCUAGUUAAUGAAUGAAGCCCUAAUGAUGAAUUUUUCAAAAUAAAUAUACUUUCACUUAAAAAGUUUCACGUUGAAGGGCUUACCCUCACUUUAAACUGAUUAUUAUUCAUAUACUUUGCUAAUAUUAUUUUAAAAUUUCUUGUUUCAAAGGGUGGCCUGCGAAUAGUAGUUGACGUUUUAACGGAGUGAUUAAUUAAAUUUAAAUUAAAUUGUUAAUUUUAAUUUAAUCAAUUUUUCCUUUUAUAAAAAACAAUUUUCUGCUUGUGGAAUUCCUCAAGCGCCGUUAUCUACUAUGUAUAUAUUUACAGUUACAUGUGUAUAGAAUUGUGUUUCUAAUGAUUUUUUGUUUUUAAGGAACAUAAAAUAGAUUUGAUUUUAUUUAUAAGAACAUAGUGACUAAAUACAAUAAUGUUUUGUUUUUAGGAGUGUAGAUAAAACAACUGGGGCUAAAUUUUUUUUCUGUUAGACCAAAAACCACACUGUUGACUCAUCUCCUUUAAAAACAAGGAAAAUAUUUUUUUUUGUAAACGUGGUCUAAUUAAUUUGUAUUGUUAGUUAGUUUUUGAGCCUACACACACUACAUCGAAUUUCGUUUUUGUUGUUACAAUAGUACAAUAUUAAAAGAAGAAACUUUUUUUUGUAUAUUUUAUGCCGUAGAGAUAUCGUGUAGAAAUAAUAAAUAAUAGGCAAAAGCCUUAAUGAAAAGUAGCAAGUUACUCUAAACGGCUUUGUCUUAUAAUAUGUAUAAAUACUCUUGGUUUUUAUUUGUUUUAAAUAUGGACAUGCAUUUGCUUUCCUUUUCUAUUUACUAUGAAAAAAUCAUCACUACUUAAAGUUUUGUAGCUAAUCAUUUUGAGAUUGAAACGUAAUUAUAAUAAUAUUGUAAGCAUGCCGUUGUGAGAAGCUUGUUCAAGUAAUAAACAUGUCACAUCGAAAAAAACUAAAAUUUUGUACGAAAUUUUCGCAAAUGUUUUCGUCAGGUGGUUUACAUCACUGUUGAAUUGUGCUCAAGUUUUUAUUAUUAUUAGCGCAAAAGAUUGUCCAUUUUGUACGCUUAGAUGGUAGCCAACUUCUUUUCUUUUGCUAUUUUCCUUUAUAUCUAAUAACGAAAAUUUUCAUUCCCAUUCGAAACUUACUCAAAUUAUUUCUUAAAUACGUGACAAAUAUUUAAUAAUUACAUUUAAUCAGCCAAAGCUGAGUAAUUUGUUCCCCUUACAGUUAUUAUAGGUCUCAUUGUAAUGUUUUAACAACGUCUACAAUACGUAAAUUUUUUAUUCAAUAAUUUAAGAUUGAUUAACAGAUUAAUAAUUCCUAGCAUACUACUUUUGGGAUAAAUCAGUUCCAAAAAAGAAUUGAGAGCUAUAGCAACAAGGGUAGUUUACCACAGCUUAUUUGAU